AAAAAAAAAAAAUCAAAUUAAAAAAAAGAGUCUUUUUGGAGCUCUCUAAUCUGGAUGGAUCUAAAAGUGUCACAUCCAAGACCUUUCCAGCUGCAGCGUCUGCCUUGAAUACCCCUCUCCCUGCCCCUUCACUUUAAUGAACUGCUAGGAGAGUCUAAACUUUCGGACCUACCUCUUCUUAUCAUCAUCAUUAUUAUUAUUAUUAUCAUCACAUUCUUUUUUUUUUGUUUUGGUGGGGGGUGGUCUUUGGGAUUGGUCUCUCAAGUGAUCUGGAUUGCUUUUAAUAUGUCAAAAUGGGUCUGCUGACACCACUCCUGCUCUUUGGAUGUAUCUCUUUCCAAGUUCAUGGAUCCCGCCUUCGUCAAGAGGACUUUCCACCCCGGAUUGUUGAGCAUCCUUCAGAUGUGAUAGUCUCUAAAGGAGAGCCAACAACUCUGAACUGUAAGGCUGAAGGAAGACCAACUCCCACAAUUGAGUGGUACAAAGAUGGAGAGCGAGUGGAGACUGACAAAGAUGACCCGCGCUCUCACCGUAUGCUGCUGCCCAGCGGAUCUUUAUUUUUCUUACGCAUUGUACAUGGACGCAGGAGUAAACCAGAUGAAGGAAGUUAUGUUUGUGUAGCAAGGAACUAUCUUGGUGAAGCUGUGAGUCGCAAUGCAUCUCUGGAAGUGGCAUUGCUACGGGAUGACUUCCGCCAAAACCCCACUGAUGUUGUGGUGGCAGCUGGAGAACCAGCCAUUUUGGAGUGCCAGCCUCCUCGAGGACAUCCUGAGCCCACUAUCUACUGGAAAAAGGACAAAAUCCGCAUUGAUGACAGGGAUGAGAGGAUCAGUAUACGAGGAGGAAAACUAAUGAUCUCAAACACGAGAAAGAGUGAUGCGGGCACUUACAUUUGUGUUGGAACAAACAUGGUGGGCGAACGAGACAGCGAUCCAGCAGAGCUCACUGUCUUUGAACGACCCACAUUUCUCAGGAGGCCAAUUAACCAGGUGGUCCUGGAAGAAGAGGUGGUAGAAUUCCGAUGUCAAGUCCAGGGAGAUCCACAGCCAACAGUCCGAUGGAAGAAAGAUGAUACUGAUUUGCCACGAGGAAGGUAUGAUAUCAAAGAUGAUUACACCUUGCGCAUUAAAAAAGCCAUGAGUACAGAUGAAGGAACCUAUGCAUGUAUUGCUGAGAAUCGAGUUGGGAAGGUGGAAGCCUCUGCUACUCUCACAGUUCGAGCUCGCCCUGUUGCUCCCCCACAGUUUGUGGUGAGGCCACGAGAUCAGAUUGUAGCCCAGGGUCGAACAGUGACUUUUCCUUGUGAAACUAAGGGAAAUCCCCAGCCUGCUGUUUUUUGGCAAAAGGAAGGCAGCCAGAAUCUACUCUUUCCAAACCAGCCUCUCCAACCCAACAGUAGGUAUUCAGUGUCACCAACAGGGGACCUCACUAUUACCAACAUUCAACGGUCUGAUGCAGGCUACUACAUCUGUCAGGCACUGACGGUUGCAGGAAGCAUUUUAGCAAAAGCUCAACUGGAAGUCACUGAUGUUUUAACAGACAGGCCUCCACCCAUCAUUCUUCAGGGGCCAGUCAACCAGACAUUAGCGGUAGAUGGGACAGCUUUGCUGAAAUGUAAGGCGACUGGUGACCCACUUCCUGUUAUUAGCUGGUUAAAGGAAGGAUUCACUUUCCUGGGCAGAGAUCCUAGAACAUCCAUACAGGAUCAGGGGACCCUGCAAAUUAAAAUGCUACGGCUUUCUGAUACUGGUACUUAUACCUGUGUGGCCACAAGUUCCAGUGGGGAGACAUCUUGGAGUGCUGUGUUAGAGGUGACAGAGUCUGGAGGAGCAACAGUCAGUAAAAAUUAUGAUAUAAAUGACCUUCCUGGACCACCAUCCAAACCUCAGGUCACAGAUGUUACCAAGAACAGUGUCACUUUGUCCUGGCAGCCAGGCACCCCUGGAAGCUUAGCAGCUAGUGCAUAUAUCAUCGAGGCUUUUAGCCAAUCUGUGAGCAAUAGCUGGCAAACAGUGGCUAAUCAUGUAAAGACAACACUCUACACUGUCAGAGGACUCCGUCCCAAUACGAUUUAUUUGUUUAUGGUGAGAGCUAUCAACCCUCAAGGUCUGAGCGAUCCCAGCCCCAUGUCAGAUCCUGUCCGCACACAAGAUAUCAGCCCACCAGCGCAAGGAGUGGAUCAUAGGCAGGUUCAGAAAGAGCUGGGAGAUGUCAUUGUCCGACUACAUAAUCCUGUUGUGCUGACACCCACUACAGUGCAAGUCACCUGGACAGUUGACCGCCAGUCCCAGUUUAUUCAGGGCUAUCGAGUCAUGUAUCGUCAAACGUCAGGAGUGCCUUCUCCAACCAUGUGGCAGAAUUUAGAGGUCAAAGUUCCCACCGAGCGCAGCGCUGUCCUAAUCAACUUGAAAAAAGGUGUAACUUAUGAAAUUAAAGUUCGACCAUAUUUCAAUGAGUUCCAAGGAAUGGAUAGUGAAUCCAAGUCUGCCCGUACCACUGAAGAAGCUCCAAGUGCACCUCCUCAGUCCGUGACUGUUCUGACCGUUGGAAAUCACAACAGCACAAGCAUCAGCAUCUCCUGGGACCCUCCACCUCCAGAUCAUCAAAAUGGAAUCAUCCAGGAGUAUAAGAUCUGGUGCCUAGGGAAUGAGACUCGAUUUCACAUCAACAAAACAGUAGAUGCAGCCAUUCGCUCUGUAGUGAUAGGUGGCCUAUACCCAGGUAUUCAGUACCGAGUGGAAGUUGCAGCAAGUACCAGUGCAGGUGUUGGAGUAAGAAGUGAACCACAACCCAUAAUAAUUGGAGGCCGUAACGAAGUUGUCAUCACUGAAAAUAACAACAGCAUAACUGAGCAAAUCACUGACGUUGUCAAACAGCCUGCCUUUAUAGCUGGCAUUGGUGGUGCAUGCUGGGUGAUUCUGAUGGGUUUCAGUAUCUGGCUGUAUUGGCGAAGAAAGAAGAGAAAGGGGCUCAGCAAUUAUGCCGUUACUUUUCAAAGAGGGGAUGGAGGACUAAUGAGCAAUGGAAGUCGGCCAGGUCUGUUGAAUGCAAGCGAUCCCAGCUAUCCGUGGCUUGCAGACUCUUGGCCUGCCACCAGUCUUCCAGUAAAUAACAGCACCAGUGGACCUAAUGAUCUUGGGAAUUUUGGUCGUGGAGAUGUGCUGCCACCAGUGCCAGGCCAAGGAGAUAAAACUGCCACUAUGCUUUCUGAUGGAGCCAUUUACAGCAGCAUUGACUUUACCACCAAAACAAGUUAUAACAGUUCCAGCCAAAUAACACAGGCUACGCCAUAUGCCACCACCCAGAUACUGCACUCCAAUAGCAUCCAUGAGUUGGCAGUCGAUUUACCCGAUCCCCAAUGGAAAAGUUCAAUUCAGCAAAAGAAUGACCUCAUGGGAUUUGGUUACUCUCUGCCGGACCAAAGCAAAGGCAACAAUGCCUUACUUUACAUCCCUGACUACCGAUUGGCUGAGGGAUUGUCUAAUAGAAUGCCACACAACCAGUCACAGGAUUUCAGCACUACCAGCUCUCACAACAGCUCAGAAAGAAGUGGCAGCCUCUCAGGUGGCAAAGGAGGGAAAAAGAAGAAAAAUAAAAAUGCUUCCAAACCCCAGAAAAAUAAUGGUUCGAACUGGGCCAACGUCCCCCUCCCACCCCCUCCAGUGCAACCCCUCCCAGGCACAGAACUAGAACACUCUGGGGUUGACCAGCAAGAAGCAGGAUAUGACAGUGAUGGUUGGUGUCCCCCUUUGCCAGUUCAAACGUAUUUACAUCAGGGCAUGGAGGAUGAGCUUGAAGAAGAUGAUGACAGAGUCCCUACGCCUCCUGUCCGAGGGGUGGCCUCCUCACCUGCAAUCUCCUUUGGACAACAGUCUACUGCAACACUCACACCGUCCCCACGAGAGGAAAUGCAGCCAAUGCUUCAAGCCCAUCUUGAAGAAUUAACCAGGGUCUACCAGUUUGACAUAGCAAAGCAAACGUGGCAUAUCCAAAGCAAUACUCAACCUCCUCAGGCUCCAGUUCCACCACUGGGAUAUGUAUCUGGAAACUUUAUUUCAGAUUUAGAAACAGAUGUUCCAGAUGAUGAUGAGGAUGAUAUUGAAGAGGAAGCUAUAGAAAUAACUAGGCCACUAAGAGGUCUAGAGCAUACACCAGGAUCCAGUAUGGACAAUCUAGACAGCUCUGUGACAGGUUCAAUGGUAAAUGGAUGGGGUUCUGCGUCUGAUGAGGACCGUAACUUUUCUAGUCAUAGAUCUAGUGUAGGUAGCUCCUCAGAUGACUCCAUCUUUACCAGCGGCAGUUUUGCACAAGCACUGGUUGCAGCAGCAGAUAAAGCUGGUUUUAGGCUGGAUGGAACCAGCCUAACAAGAACAGGCAAGGCAUAUCCUUCUUCUCAGAGACCUCGGCCAAGCAGUCCAUUUUCUACUGAUAGCAACACAAGUGCAGCUGUGAAUCAGAGUCAGAGACCUAGGCCUACUAAAAAACACAAGGGAGGCAGAUUGGACCAACCCCCAUUGCCACACCGUAGGGAAGGAAUGACAGACGAGGAGGCACUGGUGCCAUAUAGUAAGCCCAGCUUCCCAUCCCCAGGUGGUCACAGUUCUUCAGGAACUGCAUCUUCUAAAGGAUCAACUGGACCUAGAAAAGGUGAAGUCUUGCGAGGAGGUCACCAACGCAAUGCCAGUGACCUUCUAGAUGUAGGCUAUGUGGGAUCAAACAGUCAAGGACAGUUUACUGGUGAAUUAUAGUAGUUAAGAAGAGACAUCCCAAGCUGCUCUAAUGGACCAUCAGGUCUGAACUCAUGGAAGUGAUGACACUAAACAGUGCAAUGAACAUUUUCUUUAUUUAUGUACUAUUAAAAGAACUGUAAAUGCUAUGUAAAGACACACAGCCACACAUAUCCCACAGAUACUUUACUUGUGUUCUUCUCUUUAAUACACCAUCCACCUUAAACUAUUUCUUGUCAGGAGUAUAUAAAAAAGAAAGAAAAAAAUCACCCUGAAGGAUGAAAAGGAUUUCCCUCUGUAUAUAAUUUCUUUUGUUGCAUUGCUAUGCAAGCUCACCUUUUUAGCUAUGUUCAUAUUAUUGUCUGUUUUAAUUGGUCUGUUGUACUAUAUGUGAAUUAAUAGGCUGUGGUGCCAUAUAUUAACUUUUAAUUGUGUAACUUUUAUGUUUAAAGUUUGCACUGCAAUUUUAUUUGGUGAUAAGCACAAAACUCUACUCCUCGUGACAUGAAGAAGAAAAAAAGACUGAAUGUGUGAAGAGCGUUUAUGUGCUGUGAACUUUGUUGGAUAACAUUGGAUGUAAUGGAGUAUGUUAGAUGGUUUUCCAUUGGGGUGUAGAAAUAGGAAGAUGACAGGCAAAAUUGAUGUUAGUGAAGACAUCAGGGGCAGAAUUAAAUUGUGUAAUAAAAAGCAACAUGGUUGCUUUUACUAUUUAAAAAGGGGUCAAAGGAUGGAAAUAUGAGUUUCAAAAGUGAAUAUGAAGAAAAGAGUAUAGCAUGAGAUGGACCUUUGAAUAGAAUCAGAAGGUUCUCAACUCUUAAUAUCAGUUUUUACCCACCAAAUGCAACUGAAUAAGAGAGGGGGACCCUUGCAACAAAUUCAAGGAAUUAAGGUGUUUCACUAAAGCGUUUUUAUAUUGCAGUUUGAAAAAGGUUUACCAUAAUUAAUCUCUCCAACCCAAUAAUGCCAAGAUCUCCCAGAAAGAAAACAAUAUGAACUCUAGGAAUAUCAAGCAAGUAGUUAAGGAUGCAAUUUAUUACUGAGAUAUAUUCAGGCUGCUUCCAAAAAAGAAAUAUGUCAAAAUACCUUAUUUCAUCUUUCCGAUACAUGUACAGUACAGAGGAUAGAGCUGCAUCACUGAAAUUCAUGACAUUAAUUGUUUUUAUGCAGUCUCAACAAGUCUUUGUGUUUCAGUAACUGAAGUCCUCAAUAACUGAAGUGAAAUCCACUGAAUCAAUAGUAAAAAAGUAUUAGCAUUUGAAAAGAAAGCAGCAGUUUGUAGUAAAUAUGUUUCUUGCAAUUUGAUAAAUUCUCAAAAAUUGGAUCCAAACAAAGAAAAUCUUGGACCUAUUUCUAAUGCUUGGAUUUAAAUUAAUGAGAAAAUAACGCAUGUUUAUACGCUUUUUGAAUAAACCAGACUCUGUAAGUGGACAUUAAUAACAGCAUCCUGUCUCAUCAUUAGUUUCCAUGACUUAGUUUAAAUUUCAUAAACCCCUCAAAUCUCAGUGACUAAGAUGUCAACUAUUAGAAACAUGUACAUGUAGAGCACAUUCAUUCAAUACUUAAUUUAAAUAUUUCUUUCUACAGCUUUUUUCUAUUAGCUAUUUGAUCAUGAAUACAAGUUUGCAUUUAUACACUUUUUAAGUAUAACCAGUCUAUGUUGUUGUUUAUAUUGCCUUGAGCUCACCAGUAUUAAGUACACUUUUAGUGAUGGAAAAAUUCUAGGACAAGUAAAUUAUACUGCUAAAUUUAUGUGUUGCUUUUCAUUCCAUUAAAUUGCUCCAUGAUAAGAUAAAACACUGCAGUUAUCAUUUUUAACUCAGCACUAGCGAAUAUUAAAAAAAAAUGACUUUACUUAAGGCCAACAUUGUUACUUAGCAGGUUACAAGCCAAAAGAAAUCAAAGCAAGAGUAUGAAUCCAUUUAUAUAUUUAACCAAAAAAAUCUUUGUAACUUUCCUGCUGGUUUAAUGCAUAUAGUUAAAACCAUUGUUUAAAAUGAACAUAUUUAACAGAGGUAAAAAGGGUAUAAGAUUUUUGAUGUUUUUAUAUCACAAAAAGAUUAUUUAUUUGGAUGAUUUAUUUGACCGCUGUGCUGAGCUUUGGUGGAACACCUUACUUACUAAAUACUGUUUAAAUAUUGGUACCAUUAGAAGUUUAUAAAAGCCAUUCCAGUUACUUUCAGGUAUGUGUUUUAUCUCUUCCACUGGAAAGUAAAUGUGUGUCAGUAUUAAAGCUGUGCAGUACCAUGAUAUUCACUAA